AUGUUUAUAUUUUAUUUUACAGGGGAGGGGAGCCAGAGGAAGGUGCGGAGGAAGCAGCGCCGCAAGCCGCGCAAACUUAACUCACUCGACGUGCCCUCUGAGGACGAUGAUGAGACUGAUGAGGACUUCAAGGAUACAGGCAUGGAAUCCUCAUCUGAAGAUAUAUCAUCAUCAGCUGAGCGAGACUCCAGAUCCUCUGAUUCCCUGCCUAUUGUACGUCCGGGGAGACCUGACAAGAAAGAACGAACAAAGUUAGAAGAAUCGUCACCAGAAAUGAAGAAAAAGAAGAAAGGCGUUUUCGAGGACAGCUCCAGUGAAUCAGCUGAUACUAAGGAGUUAAAAAAGGCGAAGUCGCGUAAGCGUCGCGAGCGUCGCGAGGGUCGCGAGGGUCGCUCGGGUCGCGACUACUUCUCGAGCCAGCGCGAGGAGGAGCUGGACGGCUAG